AUGAAGAAAAUAAAUCCCCCAAAAGAAAAGGCUACUGCAUUGUACACCACACAUGGGACCAAUGGGGUUGAGGGUCUGGUGGGGAAGAAAGGGCCAGUGGGGCCCCAGGGACAUUCAGGGAAGCCUGGCCCAGAGGGCCUCCGAGGGAUCCCAGGCCCCGGGGGUGAGCAAGGGUUAAACGGCCCCCCAGGCCAGACGGGACCCCCUGGACCCAUGGGACCCCCAGGACUGCCAGGUUUGAAAGGAGACCUGGGCAGGAAGGGAGAUAAAGGUCACGAUGGUCUGAUCGGGUGGCCUCCCUGGCCCCACCGGCCCCCAGGACCCCCGGGACUUUCUGGUGCAGUUGGUGAGAGAGGAUCCAAAGGAGAACUGGGCGCCAUCGGACCCCAAGGAGACACUGGCCCCGCCGGAUCCCCUGGACCCCCUGGUCCGCCUGCCACCAUGGUCCAGCCGCUGCCUAUCAGAGACCACGAGGGCCGGAGGAAGAGGAAGAGGCACUCUAGGAUGGUGCAAGGAGGCGCAGCUCCCUACGAGGAGGCAGAGAUGAAGAUGGAUCUGGAGCAGAAGGUGUUCCUGCAGGCAGACCAGCCCAUGCUGGAGGAGGCAGAGGGCAUGGAGGAGGUGUUUGCCUCCCUCACCUCCAUGAAGACAGAGGUAGAGCUGAUGAGGAAGCCCCUGGGGACCUUUGAGAGCCCCGCCCGCACCUGCAAGGAGCUCAUGAUGAUCCAGCAUGGCUACAGAGACGGUGACUACUGGAUCGACCCCAACCAGGGAUGUCACAGGGACUCCAUCAAGGUCUUCUGUAACUUCACCGCUGAGGGAGAGACCUGCCUCUACCCUGACAAGAGGAUUGAAACUGUGAAGCUAGCAGCCUGGAACAAAGAGAAACCAGGGAGCUGGUUCAGCCAAUACAGGAAAGGCAAACAGUUACUGUACAGUGACUCUGAUGGGAACCCGGUCCACGUGGUCCAGCUGACCUUCCUGAAACUGCUGAGUGCCACGGCCAGACAGACCUUCACCUACUCCUGCCAGAACUCUGCCGGCUGGUUCGACAGCACCACCCGCAGCCACCAACACGCCAUACGCUUCCGGGGCAGCAACGACGAGGAGAUGAGCCAGGCCAAGAACCCAUUCAUCCAGGCAAUACACGACGGCUGCCAGUUCCGUAAGGGACAGGAGCGGACAAUCCUGGAGAUCGACUCCCCCAGAGCAGAGCUGCUGCCAGUCAUAGACGUGGCCCCCUCAGACUUUGGAAGCAGCAACCAAAAGUUUGGCUUCCACGUGGGACCAGUAUGUUACAACGGUUAACUAACGUUGUCUCAACCAACCAAGGAAUGACCGGAACUGACCUGCACAACAACUUACCAAUGAAAGAAACUGGACUUCACUGUUGUUUCCACACGCAAUAUUUAUUAUUAUAUGUCCGUAUAUGUGGUGGGUUUGUGGCAUAUGUUAUAUGACUCUCAACAACCAAUGGGACACGAGGUUUCCUUGUUUCUGCGACAAUAACAACCAAUGGCGAGUAGAUGAGCAAAGGCAAGGAGGAACAAAGCAUCAAAGGGAAUUCAUCCAAUUAGAUAUAUUUAAUGUGUAGUGUUUUUCUUUAUCGUCAUUCUUUUCAUCGCUCACCUUCUGAGUGUGCUGUAAUUAGAUCCGCUAGAAGUAGUCUCUUGUUCCACUUGACAACAACCAAUUUAAAAAGACAGGCAGAUCCCUCCCAUGUUGAGGCACAGGGUUAGCCUGUCAUCUGUGGUAUGGGUCAGUUGAGUGGCACUGUCUUUGUCAGGCCUGGGAUGCAGAUGAGACGAGUUGCUACCUGAGGGAUUAUGAUGAAAGUGGAGUGGAAUUGGCAGGAGACACUAUCUGGCAUACUCAUUAGCAUGCCUGGAUUGCAGUAGGAUAAUAUCAGUAUAAGGACAUCAGUUCUUGUUAACUGGUGGUGUACCGCAGUAUCGACGGUUGUAGGAUCUUAAUUUGAGCCAGUUUGCUACAGCAGGAAAAUAAUCAUGCAGCAACAGGAAAUGUGAAUUAUUAUGUGGAUUAUAAUGAAUGGACAUUUUUGUUGGAGUUGCUACAUUUUUCAUAAGGGAAAAGUCUGAAGUCUGAAAUUUCAAAGUAAAAAUUACAAAUACACUACAAGUUUUACAUUUCAAAAUAAAGAUCCUACAUCGGUAGCAUGUCAAUUCCAUACUAGUCUAUUUCAUCUGUCAACAUUCCCUGUGUUAGUUAGAAGGUUGAACAUACUGUAUAAUGGAAAUGAUAUAUUUGCUCAGUGCUUACCCUUCAACUGCAGAUGACUCACUGAAUGACCUUGAGAAGUGCACACAAUACCAUGUUACUAGUAGUCUAUUGAGCCCAAUGGUUACUUGAAUGGAGAAGGUUGCUUUCCUUAUUGGACUGGUUUUCUCUGCACGCCUGUUGAUAAUAUGACUUUCCGGCCUUCCAUGUUUUCAUUUUCUAUUUGUGUCAGUUUGGCGUCCAUUUUGUUACGGAAAACAAGCAUUCUGUAUUCCAGGCCUUAAUGGUUGAGCUGGAGCUGUUUCAGCCCGAGAAUGAGUUUCAGAGCAUGUUGUUCUUAAAGAGGAUAUUAACAGUGUUUUCUCCAGUCCUCUGUUUGUCUGUUACAUCAAGGAGCAUUUCACAUGUUGUUGGUUUCAAGCAUCUUUUAAAAAGUACCAUUAUUAGCCACUGUCCUGUUCUCCACCUCAGUCAUGUAUUUGUUUAUUUGUUUUAUAUGUGAAUUCAUUUUUAUGAUGUAUUUUGUUAUGCUGUGUGGUGCUAAAGAAAAUGUUGUUGUUUUGUGUCAACUACGUUUGUGUUGUUGUGUCUUGAGGCAGGAGGAGAGAGAAAGGGUGCAAGUUAUUGGUGCUGCAAAAGCCGUGCAUGAUGGGUAAGGAAUGCUCUCUGAGCCAGGGAGUAUCAUAUCGUACUGUAGGACUGGACACUACAGUACACACAUUCUAACCUGCUGUAUGGUAGGCAGGUUACAGUACCAGAGGUAGGUUAGGGGUAUGUUCCACGUUUCCGCUUUAAGCGUUAAAACUCCCAAGACAGCCGUUGUUACAACGUAGUGCCUUUACAUCUCUCCAACAUCUCUCCAACAACCUGCAGGCUGGUCUCCCAGCCUGUAUACAUAAACAGUACAGGCAGUUUAUCAGCGUACUCCUCCUCACACUGUCUUUUAGUAUUUAAACAAUUCAGUACAAUAAAAUCCCCCGCCCCGUCCUGCCACACCCUGUGUAUAGUAUCUGUCCUACUCAUUUUAUAUACUGUACAGUUAUUCAAAGGACUUGAGUAUGAUUAAUAAUCUGUUGCCUGAAUGAAAAUGUGUUUGUGAAAAGUGAUAAGCGAAUAAAAAAAACUAUUUUAAAAA